AUGGACGGGUCUCAGGGCCAGGCGGGCCAACCGAUGGGGCAGUCUCAACAGCACUCCAAUUUGAUUCGGACAGACCAGGUCCAGAAGCUUCCGCACCUGACGGACCAGCAAAAGGCGCAGCAUACCCAUGUCGUGCGCUCCCUAUGGGAGUUGCUCAACACCCGCGAUCCCCAGACUGCCGAAUAUCAAAAUGCACACAUGAAGCUAUCCCAGUUGUCCCAGAACUUGAUGAAGGGUAUGCGGAUCUUCCAGCAGAACCGCCAGCAGGCCCUCCAGCAGCAGCAAGCCCAGGCCGCCGUCGUGCAGCAAACGGGUCAACCGGUCCAGCGAACCCAGUCCAACAACCCGCAGAACCUGAGCCAGCUGCUUCCCCAGAUCCAAGCUAAGGUCAGCUCGCUCAAUUUCUACCUGCCGCCCAAUGUGACACAGGAGCAAGUGCAAACAUGGAUUCCCGAGGCUCGGUUGCGAUAUGGUAUUGCAUUGCAGAAGCAAGAGGUUGGACGGGCACGAAUUGCGGAUUUGCGGACGCAAUUCUCGCAGCGUCAGGCUCAGGGCGCUAUGCCCAACGAUGAGGUCCAGGAGUUUAAGAAUCGACAACUGGCGGCCGAGAAGCUGUUCAGGGAGGGCAGUGAAUUCUUGAACAAGUUCAAAGAGCAGCAAGAGAGCUUCAAGAUGCAGUCGCAACAGAAUCCUCAGAUGAAUCAAUCUGUCCAGGGUACGACUGCACCUGCAGCUCAGCCUGCGCCGACAGCGCCUGCAGCGCCUCAGGCCACUCAAGCGCCAACAGCAAAUGCAACGAGUGCGAUGCCAGGCCUGCCGCCGACUCCAGCACCACACACCAUAAACUCGGCAGUGAAUGCGGCGCGCAGCCAAGCAGGACAAACGGCGAUGUCCCCCACGACUUCGCAGCUAGGACAAGCACCAUCAUCGGCAAGCGCUACGCCUGCCCCUCCGAACGCUCAACAGCCAGGACAGCGACCUCAACCACCCUCACACCAGGGCACACCAGGCGCGCAAGUGACAUUUACCCAAACCCCCAACGCCGACGGUUCGACUCCCACAUCAACCGGACCCCAGCAAGUAAACAACCAAGCCCAAGGCCCGCCGCGUCCACUGUCGCACCAAGCCGCGAUGCAGCAGGCAGCGCAGAACUACAACGCGAACCAAAACCAACCACCACUACCUCAAGCCAUCAACCAAGCCGCUGCAAACCAGCAAUCUCACCCCCAAGGCUACCUCUCCAACCGAUCCACUGACGCCUCAGCCCGUAACAUCAACAUGGCCAUUCCCAAAACCCUCAACAUCUCCACCCCCGAAGCAGUUCCAAUGCCCGCUGCUCGCCCAUCACUCUCAGGUGGUCCGUCCCACGCUGCUCCAGGCAUGAUGUCCCAGCCCGCCGUCCAAAAGCACCCGGGCUACGUCCUCGAAGGCGAAGGUCAGCACGUUCUUAGCAAGAAAAUGCUUGACAUCCUCGUUCGCCAGGUCACCGGCGGUGGCGAAGGCGAGAUGCUCACUCCUGACGCAGAAGAGGUACUACCCCCAACUCUAAUAUCUCCUAUCCACUCCCAAGGGAAGUGA